AUGUCUGCUGCUUGCUUGACGUUGAAGGGCGGGCCUCAGCUCCUGCGGGUCAGUGACCGCUGUGUGAGCUGUCUGCUCGCCGUGUCCACAGGGACAGCCAGGGACACCCGAGAGCUGGCUGGGCCCGACCACGCACCUCCUGGGCGGGCCCCGCGCGUGCUGCCUGGGCCGAGUUGCUCCUUGACAUCCUUGCAGGUGACCGGCGGGAUAUUCUUCUUCCACUUCUUAGUCCACCUGAUCGCCAUUUCCAUCGACCCGGCCGAAGCCAGCGUCCGCUUGAAGAACUACUCCCAGCCUAUGCCGACCUUCGACCGGUCCAAACACCUGCAUGUCAUCCAGAACCAGUACUGUCAUCUCUGCGAGGUCACCGUGAGCGCCAAAGCCAAGCACUGCAGCGCCUGCAACAAGUGCGUCUCGGGCUUCGACCAUCACUGCAAGUGGCUGAACAACUGCGUGGGGAGCAGGAACUACUGGUGCUUCUUCGGCUCGGUGGCCUCCGCUUCGGCCGGUCUGCUCUGCGUCAUCGCUGUCCUUCUGUACAUCUUCUUCCAGUACCUCUUCAACCCCGCCGCCCUGCGCACCGACUCCCGCUACCAGAGUAUCUCCAACAAGGACACGUGGCUGCUGUUCCUCCCGAUCUCCCCCGUGAGGACCAACUCCUGCGUCCUCCUGGCGCUCGGGCUGCUGGUGCUGCUGCUGGCGCUCAUCAGCCUGCUGCUGCUCGGCCACCUGCUCUUCUUCCACCUCUACCUGAUGGCCAAAAGGUUGAGCACGUUUGAUUACAUGACACAGGGCCGCCACCAGCAAAACUCAGAACACCAGACAGGCAAGAGGAGUGUGAGUUUACAGAUGGAAGAUCUGUCAGAGGUACAGGCGCCCCUGCCCCCAUCUAUCCGUCCAGCACUGGGGGCGGCCCCAGGCCAGCGGGAGGCUGGGACCUCCAUGUUGCCUCUGGACAGCCCCCUGGGACCCUCCGAGCAGCGGUAA